CUUGUGUUUACUGGUAGCUGUAUGUUGAGUUUGGAGCAGCAAUAUGAAAAUAGUUUAUGUGUAAAUGUACACAACUAAACUGCAUUUAUAGUUUAUAACUGUUGCAAGUGUUUCGCAAUGGCUUUAGUAAGAAAAAGGAAGGAACUGAGAUCAUAACAGCGUAUCUACCAGCUACUCAAACUAAAAACUUUACAAACCACUGCGGCAACUUGGAGUCAAACAACUCCAUAACAAUAUAUACUGAAUCAGAAAAGAUCUUGCUUCAUGUCUUGUAUUGUAUAUGUGAGUUUAUAGAAAGUGAAAUGAUGAACUUCAGACUCUCAUCUCUGAUCCUGCUGUUACACAUUCAAGACUCCCUAACAUUGUACAGCUUUACUGUGAGCUGUGAUAAACAGAAUAUUUGUGCUGAGAGAGGGGCACAGGUGACACUGAGGUGCUCUUACUCAAACAUCAACAUCAAAACUGUCUUCUGGUUCAGCCAAAAACAGAGAACAAACUGGAGAAACAAAGAUGAACCUGAAGAUUUGACUUUAGAUUCAGAUUACUCAGGACGAGUGAAACAGGAGAUCACAAAGACUGAAUCAGAACUCUUAAUAGAUGACCUGAGAGAGAGAGACAGUGGAGAAUAUCAGCUCAUGAUCAUUAUGAAGGAUGGAGUUAAACAUCUCAGCUCAGUCACAGUCAAUCUAACAGUCACAGUUCAACAGGUGAAGAUGAAUCCUGAAUCUACAGAUAAAGUAAAACUGAUCUGUGAUUCUUCCUGCAAUCUGACAUCUGAAAAAUACCUCUGGUACAAGAAUGGAAAACAUUUAAAAGAUGAAAAAUCAAAAUUCAUAUUUGUUUCAUCCAAUGGAAACAAUGACAGCUAUUACUGCUCUACAGAUGGCAAUCCCUCCUCAUCUGUGUGUCUUUCUAACAGUGUCUGUUGGGGUGUGACUUACACCUCUACAAGAGUUUGUGCUUUAGUGGGAUCAACAGUAGAUAUUCACUCUUCAUACUCACAUCCCACUGGAUAUACAGUAGAGAAAACAUACUGGGGUUCUAAGAAGGUUUGGGAUCUGCGUGAGGAUCAUAAUUUUUCUGGUCGUGUGGAGUUUGUGGGAAACACACUGAGAAUCAAAGACAUCAAUAUGAGUGACUCUGGUGUAUAUCGAUUCAGGUUCAUCAGUAACACAUCAGAUGUAAUUUCUGGUUAUCCUGGAGUCUUUCUUACUGUUACAGAUGCACAGGUGACAAGGAGCCCAAAACAUGUGAUAGAUGGAGAAAAAGUGAUAUUAAGCUGUUCAACCAAAUGCACUCUGGAUAGCAAACAUACUUACAUCUGGUAUAAGAAUGGACAACAGGUAACAGAUGGAUUGAGAUUAUUAAACAAGCUGUACCUGAACUCAAUCAACAGAGAGGAGCUACAAGAGUAUUCAUGUACUGUAAGAGAUUCAGUGUCCUCUACAUACCCAGAGAAUAACACAUGGUUACUAAACACAGCGAUCAUAUUGUCUGUGUUUCUGACUCUUGCACUCAUAGGAGUCCUGAUGUGGUACAGGAUGAGAAGCUGUAUCUUGUCUAGAAAUCACAAGGAUGCAAAGGAGGAGGCACAGUAUGACUCAGUGCACAUUGAUGCAGCGCCGUCUGAACACACACAGAAAGAAGAUUGCAAAAAUGAGGAUAUUCAUUAUAGCAGCGUUAAUUUUGUAAAUUCAAAAACAAAGCAGACAUCUUCAGACACCACAAACACCACAGAAAAUGAAGAUGUUCAGUACGCCACUGUAAUGUUUAGUUAACAGACUGUUGAUAUCAUUGCAUAACUUUGUCAUUGUUAUUAUGUUGCUGUGUUGUAUGUUUAAUCCUGAACAUGUAUGUUGUAAAGAAGAAGAAAUAAAAUAACAAAC